AUGACUAACAAGAAAUAUCUCAAAGAUUUUGAAGAGUAUCUGGCUGAUGACUUCAAUGCUGUUCGAGCUUGUUCUGAGCUAAUCAAGGCGUCUAAUGUUGAUCCAGAAUCUUCAGAACUCGACUUGGUAACGUCAAUAAAAAAGGUGGGAUAUAACAUUGACGAAGUCGAUAAAAGAAUCGAGAGCGUAAUAAAGGCAAACUCUCUAAAUUUGGUUGACGUCUUCGAUAAUCGGAAGUUAGCACAAGAGAAAAGUCGCGAGUCUUUGAGUUCCAGUGUCGAGUACUUGAGCAUGUCAUACAGUAGGCUCGAGAAAGACGUGUUGAAGCCCUACGAACAGUGCACCCAGUUGCAAGCAGCAUUGAGUAAGAUUCACCAAACCUCCAGCCUUUUAAGAGAUGUUUUGAUCUUCAUGCAUCUAGUGAGACAGAUCGCACAGAAUACUAUAUCUGCAUCCGAAAAGGAAAUACCAGAUCAAAACCUUUUAAUACUAGCUUCGAUACAUUCGCAGAUUCAAAUGGAGCUAAGCUCCAAUCCAAGCAUGAGGGCCUUGCGACUAGUUAAAAAACAUGAGUUAGAAACAGUUGGUCCUAGCCGUCGCGAAACACUCAGAGUUUUAACAGAAACACUUCUCCGGUAUUGUGGUGAAUCUUCAAAUCCUCAGGAGCAGCACGAUACCGGCCGGCUGCUUUCUGCUCUUUAUAAGCUGUCACAGAAAGAUUUCAUUAGCACAAUCGAUAAAGUGGUACAACUGAGGGUCAAUUCCAGUUGUCAAACCCUUUCUAAAACUAUAACGUCCAUCAGAAAUUUUCCACACGCCUUGCAGGAAGCCAUCGUCCAAGCCCACCAACUAGCAAAUGUAGAGGACACGCUUCGAAUGACCCCCGCGGAGAACACCAAUCUGCUUCAAGAGCACUCAUCUCACAAAAAAUAUGCGUCGCUAACUCACAUAUUUUGGAAUCGUGUUGCGAAGUCAUUUAAAAGAGAUUUCGAGAUAUCCUAUCAUAGAGGUGGCCCUGUGGGCAAAUCACUAGCCUCUAACUCCAAAAUGAUUAUUGACAGUAUUGAGGAAAUGAUAGCGCGGGAAUCUGCAAAAGGCAGGGCCGAACUAGAACAAAUGCGUGACUCUGUAUCCAUUAUACGUGUACAGACUACAAAAUGA